AUGACACUUGCUUAUUCACAGGGAUAUGCCUUCGUUACCUUUAAAUCUUCACAAGCAGCCCACGCGGCCAUGCAGAUGCUCGACGGUAAGGUCAUCUUCGGCAGAUGGAUAGCAGUGAAAUUGGCUCACGCACAAGAUGAGAGUGUAUAAGAAAGAAGUAAAGAGAAACCAGCCUCUCCUAUACUGAGUGGAGGGAAAGCAGAAUCUAGUCAAAUUAGUGAAAAGAGUAAGAUAGCAGCAUUAGAAGCCAAGCUCAAGUUACUUGAAGAAGAUAAUCUGAAAGUCAGUCUCACGCCUGAUGUAGGUGCCAGUGCUUCCAACCCUACCUCUAUAACAUACUCAUUCAUUGAAAGAAAAGCAAAGAUGCAAGGGCACAAAUCAACUUCUAGAUCUCAAUAUUCUACUAAUCCAUACCCAAGAUCUCGAACUUCAAAAAAGCGCUGAAAUAUUAACUUAUGGUUUAUGAACAGUUUUAGCGUUUUAUUUGCAAAGAUGAUUCUUUGGCUAGUCACACCAUGAAGACAUGCAACUCUAAAAGAGGUGGUUAUGAAGAUGUUUUUGUGUGAAAGAUAAAAAGGUCAGAACGUGUUAAACAGUAUGUCCUUUUAUCACUCAUUUUUGUCAGGUCGCCAAAUAUUUUCUUCAUUUCGAGGCAGUUAUUUACCAAUGAUUUUGGUAGUAUCAGGCAAUGCAGAAUGCAUUAUCAUUAGAAUAA